CGGGAAGUUUGUGAAAGUCUGGGCUACCGGCGCGGCGUAGUGGAUGCAGCAUCCUAGUUAAGGACGCCCCGCUGGUUUGUCAGGACCCGGUUGCGUAUCCUCUUGAAGCUGGUUUCUCCCUGGCUGACCCCGUCCACGAUCGUGACCUCAGUUAUCCCUCAUAGACACUUUCCACACCUGUGUCUCCAGCCCGCACCGCUCCGAUGAGACCCAAGCGCGUAGACUUGGUUCAUAACACCCAAAGCUCCCCGGCCCCAGGCUGAGCUCCUGUAAUCUCCACACCCCACCCUCUGGUCCUCCCAGGCAUUCCACCGCGAAGGGGAGGAGGCAGAAACCCGAGAUUCACUUCUUCCCCUUUCCUGCCCACGCCCAGCCACACAGUCACUGGUGCAUUAGCUCCAUAACUGAACCAUUUACCUCCUUGCUAUUCCCACCCUAUCUGCCCUCCUUGGCACUGUGCUUCCCCAGAGGGGCGGCCUCGCUGUUCCCAUGGAUGUGGCCCAGGAGCCGGUGACCUUCAGGGACGUGGCCAUCUACUUCUCAAGGGAGGAGUGGGCGUGUCUGGAACCCAGCCAGAGGGCCCUCUACCGGGACGUGAUGCUGGACAACUUCAGCAGUGUGGCUGCUCUGGGAUUUUGCAGCCCCAGACCAGACCUCGUCUCUCGCCUGGAACAGUGGGAGGAGCCGUGGGUUGAAGACCGGGAGAGACCUGAGCUCCAGGCAGUGCAGAGGGGGCCCCGGCCAGGGGCAAGGAAGUCUGCAGACCCCAAGAGACGCUGUGAUCAUCCAGCUUGGGCUCAGAAGAAAGCCCACGUGCGGCGAGAAAGAGCCAGGGAAGGAAGCAGCUUUAGGAAGGGCUUCAGGCUGGACACGGAUGACGGGCAGCUUCCCAGAGCUGCUUCAGAAAGGACAGACGCCAAGCCCACGGCUUUCCCGUGUCAGAUGCUCACGCAGUGUUGUGGGCGGAGGCCGGGCCGCAGAGAGCGCCGGAAGCAGCGCGCGGUAGAGCUGUCGUUCAUCUGCGGCACGUGCGGGAAGGCGCUCAGCUGCCACAGCCGGCUGCUCGCUCACCAGACGGUGCACACGGGGACCAAGGCCUUCGAGUGCCCCGAGUGCGGCCAGACCUUCCGGUGGGCUUCAAACCUGCAGCGACACCAGAAGAACCACACGCGCGAGAAGCCCUUCUGCUGCGAGGCGUGCGGGCAGGCGUUCAGCCUGAAGGACCGCCUGGCUCAGCACCGCAAGGUCCACACCGAGCACAGGCCCUACUCGUGCGGCGACUGUGGGAAAGCCUUCAAGCAGAAGUCCAACCUUCUCAGACACCAGCUGGUGCACACCGGGGAGCGGCCGUUCUACUGCGCGGACUGCGGCAAAGCCUUCCGGACCAAGGAGAACCUCAGCCACCACCAGAGGGUCCACAGCGGGGAGAAGCCCUACACCUGCGCCGAGUGUGGCAAGUCCUUCCGGUGGCCCAAGGGCUUCAGCAUCCACCGGAGGCUGCACCUGACAAAGAGGUUCUACGAGUGCGGCCACUGCGGGAAAGGCUUCCGCCACCUGGGGUUCUUCACGCGGCAUCAGAGAACUCACAGGCACGGGGAGGUGUAGGGGCGCCUGAAGCGUAGGGUGCCGCGCCUCUGCGGGAGUACUGGGCCCUGAGGGAGAGCUGCAGUGAGAAGUUGCUCUUCAGCCUGGAAAGUCAACCUGAAAAGAAGCCUUCUCAGUCCUCAGAGCUCCCUAGUCCCCCGAGAAGUUUUACUGGGAAACUGCCAGGUGGGAGAAGCGGAUCCAUGGGUACGCCGGAGAUGGCCGGGGCUCUGGAGAUGGCGGGGGCUUGCCUCAGCGCUGGGUACCCUGGGGAUGUGCUGAGAGCGUGCGCGACCCCGGAGCCACAUGCCAGGCCAGGCUCAGAGGUGGAGAAGCCUGCCCGGUGCCCACAGCUGUCUGGCUCAGGGACUCCACCCUGGCCCCGAGUCGCCGUCUGCUGGGCCUUUCCUUCCUGGCUUUGCACCCCAUGCUCGCUGCCCAGUAUGGCGUCCUUUCUUGUCUCUGUCUUGGGUGAGGCAGCUGUGAGCAUUGCACAGAGGCAAAGACCCUUCUGCAGCCUCUGCGCUGGGCCAUAGAAACAAGAGCCUUUGUAAUACUGAACCUUAUUCAAGGAUUAGGGAGUGGUGGUUAGGUCAGGGCCACCCCCAGUGUUGCAGGAACGGCCUCCACCCAGCUCUGUUGGUCAGAGCCUGGGUCACGCACCUGGAAUUGGGAGAUCAAGUUGGGUCUCAGGGCAGUGAGGUGGCCAUGUUCACCACAGGGCAUUUCGUGGGGGAAGAGGUGACCUCUUUGUUUUAAACUUAAGGUGUCUGCUUACCUAGCCAGAAAUAAAAAUCUGCCAGUGGUGUUCCCAAGGGAAGACCCCCGUGGGAAUGGAUCGGGACACUGCCGUGUUUCAGGUUAGCCGAUUA